AGGAUUGGCCAGUUAUUUUCUACUGUGUUUUGCAUCUCAGCCACAGAUGGAAGCUCACCCGAGUCCUCAUGGCCCCCCGCUGCCCGGGGCCCCUGACAUAGAGCCCUCAGACUGUGAUAAACAUGUAUUCAGGCACGCUCACCGCCCACCCAUCCUUCAGUACGCCGCCAGGACUCUGGCGGUUCCCUUUAAGGAACAGCGACACUAUCGCACCCCCAGCGAGUCCAUAGCGAACAACUACAGGCCCCAGGCGGUGCACCUGAAGAUGGGCAACCUGCGGAAGUCAUCUCCCUGCUGUCCAGGCUCACCUGAGUCAAAGACCAGUCCAAGAGACUGUAUGACCCUCAGCCGACCUUUGACCCCCAGCCAGCAGCUGGAUAUCAUGCACCGCCAAGAGGAGCAAAUCCGGGCUGCUGAGCCUGAACCUAAUGAGAGAGAUCUGGAAAGGUAUCAGUACUACAUCACCAGCGGCAUCCCCGGCGCCAUGUUGGCCCCUCUGCCUUCACAGCAGAUAGAGAACAUCAUGUGUCUGUUGCCUCCCGUCAGCGAGGAGAGCGACAGAAACAUCCGGAAUCUGAGGGGGAAACUGCUUGAAGAGGUCAGAAGCGACUACGGCCUCAGUCUGAGGAAGAGCAUAGUGGAAUACAUCCUCAGGGACCCAUGUGAGCGCCAGCGCCUCCUCAUCUCCAGCGUGCCCCGGCCUUUCCCCAGAAGGGUAAUCCGUGGGCCGGUCCCCUGGUCCGCAAGCUACAAGGAGAGCCACAGCUGGCAGAGCCAACACCUCUUCACUGUCAACCACAUGAUGCUGCUGCUGCAGGAUGCCUGGCUAAACAGUUUCUCCGCCCUGCGGUUUGUCCAACUUGAAGACCCUCUCACCUCCAGCCUCCCUUGCCUUCCCUCGGAGUUUGAGGAGUUGGUGCAGAGGCAGUGCCAGAAAACCAGAGACACACUGCUCCACAAGUGGUUACCACACUGCGCCUCCCUAUUUGUCACCUUCAAGGAGCAGUGGCUGCCCCUGGUACCCCAGAGCAACACCGUGGCUCCCGUCCAAGCCCGCAAGUUCUUCUCCUGCGUGGAGGCUCUCAUGUCCUUGCAGCUGCGGAGUUUGGUCAUCAGCUCAUUGGAGGACCUGCUGCAGUUCUUUAGUGCACAUCAGGAAGGAAAUGAUUUUGGCGAGGCGUUUGAUGACAUGGAGUACGUGCAGCCUCAGGUGCUGCUGGUCAAACUGGUGGUGGAGGAGCCUCACAUCGUCUUCAGCCCGAGCCUUCAGGAGUGCUGGGAGCUCAUCCAAAGAGCCUUUAUGGAGGUCCUCAGGAGUGCCGAGAAGCUCCCGCGGGUGGAGUGUAACCUCUUCCCGGAGAUUAAGAACCUAUUUCUACGCGCCGUCAGGCCGGACGAGCUGCUGGUCACUGACAUCAUCGACAAAACCAGAGAGAUUUUCCACAAGAACACUGUCGGACCCAAGAAGUAUUUGAAUGUGUACGAGAAAUACAACAUACUGUUGGAUGAAACAGCCGACCAGGACAUGACGGCGUUCCUCAAAGAGAAGCACUCCCUAGAGGGAUUUACCGAGAAAAUUGAAGGUGUUAAGCAGCUGUGGAGGGAGAUCGCCUCUAUGCGUGUCAUGGUGCCUUUAUCCAUGUUCUGCCUGCACGCUGGCGGGCUGAACGACGACCUGUGUGACCGCGCAGAGAAACUGAGGGACAGGAUCAUCACCUUCAAGGUUGAAGAGCACCGAGAACUUAACAAAAGUAUCUGUCAGCAGUACAGGGAGAUCACGAAGACCAUCACCAUGACCCCAAAUACCACGGAGGAGCUGGUGUCCCUCAGCCGGUACCUGAAGCACACCAGCGAGGUGACCAUUCACAAGCUGGAAGACGAGAUUGAGAAGUCGGUGGACCGUCUCAGCUUCCUCCUGGAUUACGCCACUCUGCCUGCUGAGGACCUGAAGAUGAACUCCAGUGUGUUCCACUGGCCUGAUCACAUCCUGGCUGAGUUUGAAAAGAGCUGGACCCAUCAGGCCAACAUGACCAAAGACGCCGAACACAAACUCUUGACCAGGUUAUCGGAUUUUGAGCAGAUGCUUGAGCGCAUCAAUGAGGAGGUGGAGGCCUUCAAGGAGAAUUGGCUGAUGAGUCACAUCAAGAUGAAGAACAAUGUGGAGAAGCUCAACAUGCUCACCGUCACCCUGGAGGCAGCAGUCACCGAGCUGGAGGACAUCAACAAAGAGGAAACGCUGCUGGAGAGAGACCUCAGCCGGUUCCCUAUGCUACAAACCCUGGAGGCCAAAAAGCAACCCUACGACCAGCUGUGGAUGACCGCAUUCGACUUCCAGAACAAGUCAGAGUUGUGGAUGAAGGGGCCUUUUGUUCAGCUGAAUACGGAGCAAGUGUCUGACGAGCUGGACACCAUGUGGACGACCAUGUACAAACUUUCCAAGUCUUUCUCCAGCCUUUCCAGGCCUCACCAUGUAGCCGAAAGCUUUAAGGCCAAGAUAGACAAAUUUAAACAGCACCUGCCAAUUCUUACCACCAUCUGUAACCCCGGCAUCAAGGACUACCACUGGGAGAAGAUCAGCAGUAUCGUGGGCUUUGAGGUCAAACCAGACCCAGACACCUCCCUGCUGGACAUGGUAGAUCUUGGGCUCUCUGAGUUCUCUGACAAGCUGGAGGAGAUUGGAGCCACAGCCAGUAAAGAGUAUUCUCUGGAAAAGGCCUUGGAGAAAAUGAAAAAUGAGUGGGCUGAUCUCCGAUUUUCCCUCACUGCGUACAGAGACACAGGAACCAGCAUAGUGUCAGCAGUCGAUGAUAUCCAGCUGCUUAUGGAUGACCACAUCAUUAAGACGCAGACCAUGCGGGGCUCGCCUUUCAUCAGACCUAUAGAGACGGAAUGUAAGCAAUGGGAAGACAAGCUGCUGAUGAUGCAGGACAUCCUGGACUCCUUGCUGAAGUGUCAGGUUACCUGGCUCUACCUGGAGCCCAUCUUCAGCUCCAAGGACAUCAUCGCCCAGAUGCCUGAGGAGGGUCACAAGUUCGCCAUCGUGGACCACUACUGGAAAGACAUAAUGGCCCAGAUGGUCAGGGACCCGCGUGUCCUGGUGGCUACAGCUCAACACAACUUACUUGAGAGGCUCCAGGAGUCCAACAUCUUCCUGGAGGACAUCCAGAAAGGCCUCAACACCUACCUGGAAAAGAAAAGACUCUACUUUCCAAGAUUCUUCUUCCUGUCCAAUGACGAGCUGCUGGAGAUCCUGUCAGAGACCAAGGACCCACUGCGCGUGCAGCCCCACCUGAAGAAAUGCUUUGAGGGCAUCGCCAAACUGGAGUUCACCGAGGACUUGAAGAUCACAGGCAUGAUCAGCUCAGAGAAAGAGACGGUGCCCUUCAUGGAGAAGAUCUACCCCACCCACGCCAAGGGCAUGGUAGAGAAGUGGCUUCUGCAGGUGGAGAACAUGAUGCUCAGGAGUGUCCAAGAAAUUAUCUAUCAAGGCCUGACACAGUAUACUGAGGUGCCCAGGAAGAGUUGGGUGUUGCAGUGGCCUGGCCAAGUCGUCAUAUGCGCCUCCUCCAUCUUCUGGACAAGUGAAGUGUCUCAAGCCAUCCAGACUAACUCCCUACCAGCCUACGUGGACCAAUGUAACACCCAGAUAGCUGACAUUGUGGAGUUAGUGCGCAGGAAGUUGCCUGGAGGUGCAAGAAUGACUCUCAGUGCUCUCAUCGUGAUAGACGUUCAUGCUCGCGAUGUCGUGGCGAAGCUGGCGGAGGACGGCGUCUCAUCCAUGAGUGACUUUGAGUGGAUUUCUCAGCUGCGCUACUUCUGGGAGGGCGGAGACGUGAUGGUGCGGAUGAUCACCACCUGCCUGAAGUAUGGAUAUGAAUAUCUGGGCAACUCCCCGCGUCUGGUCAUCACCCCGCUCACUGACCGCUGCUACAGGACUCUGAUGGGGGCCCUGAAGCUGAACUUGGGAGGAGCUCCUGAAGGUCCAGCAGGAACUGGAAAAACUGAGACCACCAAGGAUCUGGCUAAAGCUCUGGCUAAACAGUGUGUCGUGUUCAACUGCUCCGAUGGUCUGGACUACAAGGCCAUGAGUAAGUUCUUCAAAGGGCUGGCUCAGUCCGGAGCCUGGGCCUGCUUCGAUGAGUUCAAUCGGAUCGAGGUGGAGGUUCUCUCUGUGGUUGCCCAGCAGGUGUUGUGCAUCCAGCAGGCCAUCACCAGAGAUCUGAAGACGUUCAUAUUUGAGGGAACGGAGCUUUCACUCAACCCUACUUGCUCCGUCUUCAUCACCAUGAACCCUGGUUACGCCGGCCGCGCAGAGCUCCCCGACAACCUCAAGGCUCUGUUCCGCACUGUGGCCAUGAUGGUUCCAGACUACGGCCUCAUUGGAGAGAUCUCCUUGUACUCCAUGGGCUUCAUUGAAUCCCGCAGUCUGGCCCAGAAGAUCGUGGCCACGUAUCGGCUGUGCUCGGAGCAGCUGUCGUCCCAGUAUCACUAUGACUACGGCAUGCGGGCUGUGAAGUCCGUGCUGACGGCGGCAGGGAACCUGAAGCUGAGGUACCUGGAGGAGAACGAGAGUGUACUGCUGCUCCGGGCGCUGAUGGACGUCAACAUGGCCAAGUUCCUGGCUCAGGAUGUGCCUCUGUUCCAGGGUAUUAUCUCUGAUCUGUUUCCUGGAGUGGUCCUUCCCAAACCAGACUACGAUCUCCUUCUCAAGGCUCUGCAGGACAACAUCGCCAAGCUCAAGCUCCAGCCUGUUCCAUGGUUCGUUGGCAAGAUCGUCCAGGUAUAUGAGAUGAUGCUGGUUCGCCAUGGCUUCAUGAUCGUUGGAGAUCCCCUAGGUGGAAAGACGUCCGCCUAUAAGUCUCUUGCUGGUGCCCUUGGAGACCUCUAUGAAGCCAAACUUAUGGAAGAGUUUGCAGUGAACUACCGAAUAAUCAAUCCAAAGGCUAUCACCAUGGGCCAGCUGUACGGCUGUUUCGAUCCCGUCAGCCAUGAGUGGUCUGACGGAGUUCUGGCAACCUCCUAUAGGGAGCAGGCCACCUCCAUCUCAAAGGACCGCCAGUGGAUCGUCUUUGACGGGCCCGUAGACGCCAUCUGGAUCGAGAACAUGAACACCGUGCUGGAUGACAACAAGAAGCUCUGUCUUAUGAGUGGCGAGAUCAUCCAGAUGAGUCCUAAGAUGAGUCUCAUCUUUGAACCCGCUGACCUGGAGCAGGCCUCCCCGGCCACCAUUAGCAGGUGCGGUAUGAUCUACAUGGAACCCCACCAGCUGGGCUGGACGCCGCUCAGAGACUCCUACAUGGACACGCUGCCUAAGAGCCUGAGCAAUGAACACAGGCAGCUGAUAGUGGACCUGUUUGAUUGGCUUGUUCCACCCUGUCUGGACUUUGUGGCCAGGGAUUGUCGCUUCCUGGUGCAGACGUCUCCCAUCCACCUGGCUCAUAGUCUGAUGAGGCUCUACACCUGCCUGCUAGAUGAGAUCGCUUCAUCAGGAGCCCGCAGGGCAGAAAGUAUGUCCAGCCAGCAGAUAACCAUGUGGCUGCAGGGCCUUUUCCUAUUCGCUGUGGUUUGGACCCUGGGCGGGACCAUCACUGGGGACAGUCGCAAGAAGUUCGACAUCUUCUACCGCAACCUUAUCAGGGCCAUGGACCACGAGCACCCUCAGCCCAAGAGUGUCCAACUCACCAAGAACAGCGUCUUCCCCAAGAGAGGCACUGUGUAUGACUACUACUUCCACAAGCAGGGACCAGGUCAGUGGAAAGUGUGGACAGAUUCCAUCACAAAGGAAGAGAGCGCGAUCCCAGCUGGGGCCAAUGUGUCCGACCUCAUCAUACCCACCGUGGAAACAGCACGCCAGCUGUUUUUCCUGCGGACCUACCUAGCACACGAGGUGCCCAUGUUGUUUGUGGGGCCCACUGGCACCGGCAAGUCUGUCAUCAACAACAACUUCCUGGUACGGCUGCCCAAGGAGCAGUACACACCCAACUGCAUCAACUUCUCGGCGCGCACCUCAGCAAAACAAACCCAAGACAUCAUCAUGGCCAAGCUGGACCGCAGGAGGAAGGGUGUGUUCGGCCCCCCCGUGGGAAAGAAAUGUGUUGUCUUUGUGGACGACCUCAACAUGCCAGCUAAGGAAAUCUAUGGCGCUCAGCCUCCCAUUGAGCUGCUCAGGCAGUGGAUCGACCACCGCCACUGGUAUGACAAGAAAGACAACUCCAGGCUGGAAAUAGUGGACUUGCUGUUCGUGUCCGCGAUGGGGCCCCCUGGGGGUGGGAGGAACGACAUUACAGGUCGCUUUACUCGUCAUCUGAACAUCGUUUCCAUUGACUCCUUUGACGACGAGACGCUGAACAAGAUCUUCAGCUCCAUCACCGACUGGCACUUCAGCAAGGGCUUUGAUGCCUCCUUCUACAGACUGGGUAAGACCAUGGUGCAGGCAACCAUGGCUGUCUACAAGGAUUCCAUGGCUAGCUUCCUACCCACUCCAUCUAAGUCACACUACAUCUUCAACCUUAGGGACUUUGCUCGAGUGAUCCGCGGUAUCCUUCUGGUGCCACACACACACAUGCAGGAGGGAGACAAGCUGAUCCGCCUGUGGAUCCAUGAGGUCUACCGCGUGUUCUACGACCGCCUUGUUGACACUGAAGACAGAGACAUGUUUUUUACCAUCAUUAAAGAGACAAUAUCAGUCUUUUUUAAGAAAAGCAUAGAUAAGCUCCUGAGUCACCUCAGCCCAAACGAUAAGGUAGUCGAUGAGAACGUUCGCAGCUUAUUCUUUGGUGACUAUGUCAAGACCAACACCCAAGACAAGGCUUACGAUGAGAUCAGGGACCUAGGCACCCUGCAGGAGGUGAUGGAGUUCUACCUGGAUGAGUUCAACACCAGCAGCAAGGCGCCCAUGUCACUCGUCAUGUUCAAGUUUGCCAUCGAGCACAUAUCCCGUAUCUGCCGCGUGCUGAAGCAAGCAAAUGGUCACCUCCUUCUGGUGGGAAUCGGUGGCUCUGGACGCCAGAGUGCCACCAAGCUGGGCACCUUCAUCAACAACUAUGAUCUGUUCCAGAUCGAGCUGACCAAGAACUACAGCCUGUUGGACUGGCGAGAGGACCUGAAGCGGGUGAUGCUGAAGGCAGGCAUCGAGGGCAAGAGCCUGGUGUUCCUGUUCAGCGACAGCCAGAUCAAAGAUGAAUCGAUGGUGGAAGACAUCAACAUUCUGCUGAACACUGGCGAUGUCCCGAACAUCUUCCCCGCUGACGAGCUCGCUGGCAUCAUCAAUAAGGUGCAGGGCAUCGUCAGGAUGCAGGGAAAGAGGAUUGACUCCACCCCACUCUCCAUGUACAACUUCUUCAUUGACCGCGUCAAGGCCAACCUUCACAUCGUGCUUGCCAUGAGCCCUAUUGGAGAUAAGUUUAGGAACCGUCUGAGGAUGUUUCCCUCCCUCAUCAACUGCUGCACCAUUGACUGGUUCCAGGCUUGGCCCAAUGAUGCUCUGGAGAUGGUGGCCCACAAGUUCUUAGAGGAUGUGGAGCUGGAUAGUGAUGUCAGGCUGGAGGUGGUGGACAUGUGCAAGACCUUCCAGACGAGUGUUAAGGAGAUGUCAGAGAGGUUCUUCUCCAGGCUGAGGAGACACAACUACGUGACCCCCACGUCCUACCUUGAGCUCAUCCUCACCUUCAAGACCUUGCUCGCAGCCAAGAGGAACGAGGUGGACACUGUAAGGAACCGCUACAUCACUGGCCUGCAGAAGCUGAAGUUCGCUGCAUCUCAGGUGUCAGUGAUGCAGCAGGAGCUGACGGCCCUGCAGCCAGAGCUCAUCCAGACGUCUGCUGAAACGGAGCAGAUGAUGGUGAAAAUAGAGAAGGAAACGGCAGAGGUGGAUGCCAAGAAGGAGCUGGUGGCAGCUGACGAGAAAGUGGCUAAUGAAGCUGCUGCAGCAGCCAAAGCAAUAAAGGAUGAAUGUAAGGGAGACCUGGCAGAGGCCAUGCCCGCCCUGGAGGCUGCCCUGUCAGCACUUGACACCCUGAAACCAGCCGACAUCACAGUGGUCAAGUCCAUGCAGAACCCCCCAGGUCCGGUCAAACUAGUCAUGGAGUCCAUCUGUGUCAUGAUGGGAAUCAAACCAGAGAGGAAACCAGAUCCUAUGGGCACGGGUAAGAUGGUUGAAGACUUCUGGGGCCCCUCAAAGAAACUUCUGGGAGACAUGAAUGAAAACCUCAAAGCCUACAACAAAGACAACAUCCCCGCCCCCUACAUAAAGAAAAUCCGAGAGAAGUUUAUCGACCACCCCGAGUUUCAGCCGUCCAUCAUUAAAAACGUCUCCUCUGCUUGUGAGGGUCUGUGCAAAUGGGUCCGGGCUAUGGAGGUGUACGAGCGUGUGACCAGAGUCGUGGCCCCCAAGAAGGCGCGGCUGAAGGAUGCUGAGGGUGAGUUGGCCGUCCAGAUGGACAUGCUGUACGUGAAGAGGGCAGAGCUGAAGGAAGUGGAGGACAGACUGCAGAAGCUGAACGACACCUUCGAGGCCAUGAACAACAAAAAGAAGGAGCUGGAGGACAACAUUGAACUGUGCUCCCAGAAGCUGAUCAGAGCAGAGAAGCUGAUCGGAGGUCUGGGAGGAGAGAAGGACCGUUGGAUGGAGGCUGCCAGGCUAUUGGGAAUUAGAUACACUAACAUGACAGGUGAUGUACUCCUCUCAUCUGGCACUGUGUCAUACCUGGGGGCCUUCACAGUUGACUAUCGAGUGGAGUGCCAGCGACAAUGGCAUGUCCUUUGCCAGGAGAAAAAAAUCCCAUGCUCUGAGGACUUCACCCUCACCAACACCCUGGGCAACCAGGUGGCCAUCAGGGCAUGGCAGAUUGCUGGACUUCCUGUAGACUCUUUCUCCACGGACAAUGGCAUUAUCAUAUCAAACUCCCGCCGCUGGCCCCUCAUGAUCGACCCCCAAGGUCAGGCCAACAAUUGGAUCAAGAACAUGGAGAAGGCUAACAAGUUGGCUGUCAUCAAGCUCUCAGAUGAGAACUACAUGAGAACCUUGGAGAAUGCCAUCCAGUUUGGAACCCCAGUUCUCUUGGAGAAUGUUGGCGAGGAGCUAGACGCAGUGCUUGAACCCGUGUUGCUGAAGCAGACCUUCAAACAGCAAGGCGUAGGUUACAUGAAGCUGGGAGAGAAAAUUGUGGAAUAUUCUGAAAACUUUUUGUUCUACAUGACCACCGGGCUGAGAAAUCCCCACUACCUCCCCGAAGUGGCUAUCAAAGUCUGCCUGCUGAACUUCAUGAUCACCCCUCAGGGCCUGCAGGACCAGCUCCUGGGGAUUGUAGCUGCAAAGGAGAAACCUGAGUUGGAAGAAAAGAAGAACCAGCUCAUUCUGGAGAGCGCUGCCAACAACAAGCAGCUGAAGGAAAUUGAGGACAAAAUCCUGCAAGUGCUCUCCUCAUCAGAGGGGAACAUCCUGGAGGAUGAGACAGCCAUCGAGAUCCUGUCCUCCUCCAAAGUGCUGUCUGAGGAGAUCUCAGAGAAGCAGAAAAUCGCCAGCAUCACUGAGAAGGAGAUCGAUGUCACUCGAAUGGGAUAUCGACCUGUAGCUGAGCACUCCUCCAUCUUGUUCUUCUGCAUCUCAGAGUUGGCUAACAUCGAGCCCAUGUACCAGUACUCUCUCAACUGGUUCAUCAACCUCUACCUGUACUCCAUAGCCCACAGUUUGAGGAGCGAUGCCCUGGAGGAGAGGAUUGAGAAUAUUGUCAAGCACUUCACCCUCAGCAUCUACAACAAAGUGUGUUGCUCGCUCUUUGAGAAGGACAAGCUGCUCUACUCGUUGCUGCUCACCGUGGGUGUUAUGCAAGGCAAGGGUCAAGUCAAUGACCAAGUCUGGCGCUUCCUCCUGACCGGUGGCAUUGCCCUGGACAACCCUCACCCCAACCCUGCUCCAGAGUGGCUUUCUGACAAAUCCUGGUCUGAGAUCAUCAGGGCCUCUACUCUGCCAAACCUGGAUGGAUUCUUUGAGCAUGUGCGAGAUAACAUCUCCAGAUGGAAGAUGAUCUAUGAUUCAGGUAAGCCGCAUAAGGAGCAGCUGCCCAACCAGUGGAGAACGUUGGUUGGAAUGGACCGAAUGGUGGUUCUCAGGUGCCUCAGGCCAGAUAAGUUGGUGCCAGCGGUGCAGGCGUUCAUAGUGGACAGCAUGGGGCAGUCCUACAUCGAACCACCCACCUUUGACCUGGCGGGGAGUUAUAGUGACUCCAACUGCUGCUCUCCUCUCAUCUUUGUGCUCUCACCGGGAUCUGAUCCAACUGCAGGUCUGCUCAAAUUUGCUGAUGACCUGAAAAUGGGGGGCAGUAAGACCCAGACAAUCUCUCUAGGGCAGGGCCAGGGGCCCAUAGCGGCCCGGAUGAUAGACCAAGCCAUCAAAGAAGGUACCUGGGUGGUGCUGCAGAAUUGUCACCUGGCCACCAGCUGGAUGCCCAUGCUGGAGAGGAUCUGUGAGGAGACCAUCACCCCUGAAAACACGCAUCCCAACUUCAGGUUGUGGUUGACCAGUUACCCGUCCGACAUGUUCCCAGUCAGCAUCCUGCAGAAUGGGGUGAAGAUGACCAAUGAGCCCCCCAAAGGAAUGAGAGCCAACCUGCUGCGCUCGUACCUGAGCGACCCAAUCUCAGACCCAGCAUUCUUCUGCAGCUCCAGGAAGCAGGUCAUCUGGCAGAAGCUGCUGUUUGGUCUCACCUGCUUCCAUGCUCUAGUGCAGGAGAGGAGAAACUUCGGACCUUUGGGUUGGAACAUCCCCUAUGAGUUCAGUGAGUCGGACCUUAGGAUCAGCAUGAGGCAGAUCCAGAUGUUCCUGGAGGAGUAUGACGAGAUUCCAUUGGAGGCCCUCACAUACCUGACAGGUGAGUGUAAUUACGGUGGCAGGGUGACAGAUGACAAGGACAGGCGUCUGCUGCUCUCCCUGCUGUCCAUCUUCUACAGCCGGGAGCUGAUAGAGCAGGAGCGUUACUGCCUGUGUGAAGGAGACUUGUAUUAUGUCCCUCCUCAUGGCCCCUACCAGACCUAUGUUGACUACAUUCGCAGUCUACCAAUCAGUGCAGACCCUAGUGUCUUUGGACUCCAUAGCAACGCUGACAUCACCAAGGACAAUCAAGAGACCAAUCAGCUGGUUGAUGGCGUGCUGCUGACUCUGCCCAGGCAGUCUGGAGGCGGGGCCAAAUCUCCCCAGGAAGUUGUGGAUGAUUUGGCCGAAGACAUCCUGUCAAAACUGCCAGGAGACUUCGACAUGCAGAUGGUGAUGGAUAGAUACCCGGUCAUGUACGAGGAAUCCAUGAACACUGUCCUGAGGCAGGAGCUCAUCCGCUUUAACAGGUUGACUGAGGUGUUACGUGUCAGCCUGGUUAACACCCGUAAGGCGCUGAAGGGUCAGGUGGUGAUGUCAGCCGAGCUGGAGGAGGUCUUCGACAGCAUGCUGGUGGGAAAGGUGCCCACCAUGUGGGCUGCCAAAUCCUACCCCUCCCUCAAACCGCUGGGGAGCUACGUGGCUGAUCUCCUGGCCAGGCUUCACUUCCUGCAGGAGUGGACAGACCACGGCCCGCCCACAGUCUUCUGGCUCUCUGGCUUCUACUUCACGCAGUCCUUCCUCACCGGAGUGUCUCAGAACUUUGCGAGGAAGUACACCAUCCCCAUCGACUACGUUGGCUUUGAGUUUGAGGUGACCAAACAGGAGACCCAUAUGGAUGAGAAGCCAGACGACGGGGCCUAUGUUAGGGGUCUCUUCAUGGAGGGGGCGCGCUGGGACAGGGAGAGGAUGGUCAUCGGCGAGUCCCUUCCGAAGAUCCUCUUCGACCCUCUGCCCAUCAUCUGGCUCAAGCCGGGAGAGACAGCCAAGUUCAAGCACCAAAACAUCUACGUGUGUCCCGUUUACAAAACCAGCGCCCGCCGAGGAACCCUGUCCACCACGGGCCACUCCACCAACUACGUCCUGCCCAUCGAGCUGCCCUCAGACCAGCCGCAGAAGCACUGGAUCAACCGGGGCGUGGCGUGCCUCUGCCAGCUGGAUGACUAGGCAUGAGCAGGAGGCCAGCGGCUGUUUUGGUCAUUCAUGCUAACUAUUAAAUACGUUUGCCAAGUACAUGUACUUGUCUUUGUAUGUACAAGUUACACAGGCACCUG